UUGAAUAUCUUGUCCCAAAAAAAAAAAAAAACAAAAACAAAAACAAAGAAAGAAAGAAAGAAAGAAAGAAAGAAAAAGUUGAGUAUCAGAUUUUGGGUCAGCGAGAUUUUCAUUUUGGCGCACGUGCUGGUUCUUGAGGAGCUUCUUCCUCAACAAGUUGCGGCGUUUGGUGGGUCGGCCCUAGUGCGUUCGAGUUCGGAAAUUUCUGCUGUUAAUUGGAGCUGGUUACUAUAUGCUUAGGUGAAAAUUUUCCGUUCAAAUCUUUGAUUCCAGAUAGAAUUGGGAGGUUAUUUUGGGUUGAAUUGAAACGUUAAGAAUCCUUAUCGAAGAACCUACGGAAGCUAAAACGAGAAAAUUGUCAAAGCUAUAGAACUAUGGUAUAAGCUUUUGCUCAAGUGUGAAUUGAACUGUGUGAGAUGAAGCGAUAGGCGAAAGUGGUUUUGCAGAAACGUCAGUCGAAGGUCUAAAAAAUUUGUCAUCACAGAAACCUAUUCUAGGCUUCUCAUCGGCCACCUUCUCUCUGGAUCUGGAAGCCAAGAAGACCGUUUCAAUUCCUUCUUCGCCGCCGACUCGGCUUGUGGCAGCCUCUCGUGGUCGGAGGAGAUUUUUCUGAGGGUGAAGGCCUUGCUUAGAAGACCCAAACUCACCUUGCGGUCCUUGCGCGCGCCCAUCACUGAAAUAGCAGUCGCCGGGCUCACACCUUUUUAUUCUUCAGUUUCGGGUAAUGGAUUGCAUAGUGCCGUUGCAUUCUGGGCUUAUUUAUCCGAAGAAUAGAACUUUGCGCGGAUAUCAUGCAUUUAUUUCAAUGGUCCAUUCGAAUGGCAAGAGAAGACUUCCUAAGAACAUUCCUUGUCCCCGACGCCCCAAGCAACCACCAGAAUUUGGUGUUAACUUAUUCCUGAAGAAGAGUAGCACCAUCUCAGAACCUGUUCAGGAGGAUUUGAGCUUCAAUAAAGGAUUAAAUAUGGCUAAUGAAGAAGAAGAAGAAGAAGAAGAUACUUGCGUUGUUUGGGAAGCAGAUGAGAUUGAAGCCAUUUCAUCGCUUUUUGAGGGUAGAAUACCUCAAAAAGCUGGAAAGCUGAAUAGAGAAAGGCCUCUUCCUCUCCCACUUCCCCACAAAGUUCGACCUUUGGGACUGCCUACACCUAAAACAAAGGUCAGAUUGACAGAUCCAGCUGCAGUUUCUCAUCGUGCAUCCACAGCUAAGAAGUGGUACAAAGACCCUGGUUUCUUAGUUGAGCUAGCCCGAGAAAUCAGCAAACUUGAUCCAGACAAAGAUGUAUCCAUAGUUCUUCGCAAGAGAGCGCAGUUCCUGAGGAAGGGUUCCCUGUCCUUAACAAUAAGGGAAUUAGGUCAUAUGGGGUGUCCUGGGAGAGCCUUGCAAACAUUUUGCUGGGCUCAAAAACAACCUGAACUCUUCCCAGAUGAUCGAAUUCUAGCUUCAACAAUCGAGGUCUUGGCCAGGAGCCAUGAACUUAAAGUUCCUUUCAACCUAGGAAAAUUUACCCGGAUGGCAAGCCGUGCCGUACUGGAGGCGAUGGUUAUGGGUUUUAUUAAAGGAGGAAGCUUCAAGCUCGCCUGGAAGCUUCUAGUAGUUGCCAGAAAAGGUAAAAGAAUGUUCGAUUCUGGCAUUUAUGCAAAACUAGUACUAGAACUUGGAAAGAACCCCGAUAAACACGCACAAGUGAUGCCCUUAUUAGAUGAACUAGGUGAACGAGAAGAAUUGAAUUUGAGCCAGCAAGAUUGUACAGCUAUCAUGAAAGUGUGCGCCAAGAUGGGGAAAUUUGAUGUAGUGGAGAGUCUGUUCGGUUGGUUCGGACACUCAGGCCGUGAUCCGAGCAUAGUGAUGUUUACUACUGUGAUUCACAGUCGUUACAAAGAGAGAAAAUACAGGGAGGCAUUGGCAUUGGUUUGGGAGAUGGAGGCUUCAAAUUGUCUCUUGGACCUUCCAGCUUAUCGUGUGGCAAUAAAGCUGUUUGUUGCUUUGAAUGACAUCUCCAGAGCUGUGAGAUAUUUUUCGAAACUUAAAGAAGCGGGAUUUUCUCCUACUCGGGACAUAUACGAGGACUUGCUUCAUAUUUACUUGGUGGCCGGCAGGAAAGCGAAGUGCAGAGAUAUUUGCAGGGAGGCCGAGAUUGCGGGAUUCAAGUUGGAUGAGCGUGUACUGUCACAGAAUUUGCAAUUUGAUGGCGCAAACAAACUGGAAACUUUACGGAUCUCAUAAGCAUUUCAGUCUGUUGUUCCGUAUCAAUUCUUGAAUCUCUACUAUACUGACAAAUAUAGCGAAUUCUUCAUGUAUCUUCUCUAAAGAGCCCGAUAUCUGGAUUGUGCACAUUCCCCGCACAAUGUCACAGGUGAAAGGGCAAAGCUUUUUCAAUCGGCAAAAAUGGCAGUUAGGUCCAAAACAUCAA